AUGGCUUCCAAGACUUCUCUUCCUUCCACGCAUCGAGCUCUUGUUCUGCAUUCUCUCGACACCCCCUUGAAAGUCGAGCAGCGGCCUACGCCACAAGUAUCACCAGGCAACGUUGUUAUCCGAGUGCUCGCCGCCAAUGUCCUCUCCUACGGCCGCGACAUCCUCGACGGCACUCGUCCGUAUCCUUAUCCCAAGCCGUACAUCCCCGGCGGCAGCGCAGUGGGAAGAAUAGCUGCCGUGGGAUCGGACUGCAGCACCUUUACCCCUGGGCAGCUGGUCCUUGUGGACAUCAUGAUGCGUGCUCGAGACGAUACGUCGGCGAGUUACUUGUUGGGUAUUCACAAUGGGUUCUCUAGCACGACGGUCAAGCUUGCCACUGAUGAGUGGAGGGAUUCGACUUAUGCCGAGUAUGCAAAGAUUCCUCUCGAGAGCUGCUAUCCUUUGGAUGAGGCUCGGCUGCUGGGAGAACCUGCGAGCGGUGGUUUGGGAUAUACUGUUGAUGAUUUGGCGUAUAUACACCGGCUUCUGGUGCCCUUUGGAGGAUUCAGGGAUGUUGAUCUCAAGGUUGGAGAGACUAUUCUCAUCGGUCCUGCCACGGGACCUUAUGGCACUGCGGCCGUGAGCCUUGCUCUCGCUCUGGGAGCCAAAGUGGUCGCUAUGGGAAGAAAUGCUCAAGUACUGGAGAAGCUCGCGGCGAUGAGCGAUAAAGUCAAGACAGUUCAAAUCACAGGAUCAGUAGGGGCAGACACGGAAGCCAUCAAAAAGCACGGCCCAAUCGACGUCUUCUUCGACAUUUCGCCUCCCGUAGCCGCAGAGUCGACGCACAUCAUGAGCGGGAUCCUGUCCCUGGCACACUCGGGCCGUGUAAGUCUGAUGGGCGGCAUCGCGGGCAACAUUUCCAUCCCGUACGGCGCCAUCAUGUUCAACGACCUGAAGCUGCAGGGCAAGUUCAUGUACGAGCGGAAGGACGUCAGGAUGCUGAUCAAGAUGGUGGAGAAGGGCAUCAUGGGGCUGGGCAAGAAGGUUGGGGCUCGCGUUGAGGGAAAGUUUGGGCUUGAGCAGUGGGAUGAGGCGUUUACGGCUGCGAAGGAGAAUGCUGGACCGGGGCAAUUUGUUAUUAUUGCUCCGUGA